AUGCGGUGGUAUUUCGCGGGGCUGUUGCCAUUACUCUGCCUUGUUGUCCUCGUCAACGCCUGCCCACUAGGGCUUGUUACUUCUCACGGUGACAAGGAAGUUAACUCCACCAAUACCCUCGCUCGUAGGGUUCGAGUUGGGGGAGAUGAUGGCACUGCCACUACCCCGAAGAAAAUCACAGAUCUAUUUCUCCUCUAUGACGGCCCGGGAGGUUGCGUUACCAAAGAGUCGACCUUCGAUGAGUGGUUGGCAGAGGUCAUUCUUCUCCAUAAAGCGAUAACUGAAGCGUACGCAACCCGAAAAGGAAAUUUUCCUUUGAUGUUGAUGUGGUCCACCUGGUUUGGAGUCAAGGUUGAUCAUAAUACCAAAGACGUGGACGUGAAGGACGUGAAGAACGCGAUCCUAUGGAAAGCCAUUGGAGACCACAUAUCACGCGUCUCCAAAUUCCUUGCUGGCGGUGGCUUGACUGACUACGAGGUAUCAGGAGAAAAGCCCCGUCUCUUCUGUGGCGCUGAGGCAGGCAUACAUCAACCCUGGGCCGAAUCCGUCGUCAAGGAUCAUAAAGGGAAAGACGUCGUCACUGCGAGAGACCCCGACACCAAGGAACCGACCGAGUACUUGAACCUUGGAAAGGCUUCUCCGCGUGACUCCAGAAAUCCAAAGGCCAAUGCCUUCUGGAUGAGCGCAUUCAACGGCUACGAUAUUGACUUUAAGGGUGAAACCUCACUGUGUGCGGAUAAGCCCAAAAGUGGAGGGCUACGUUACGCCAAAACUGCCCUUGCACCAGUGCACGUUGCACCAAUUUGGGCGGACGGUGCAAAAUUUGCAGUUGGUAAAACCAACGGUCACAUCCUUUUUUGUCCACCGGCCUUUUCUCCCGACAAGGGGUUCCACUCCUACUCGUCCCUCACAAAGGCUGUUGAGACCGAUAACUACCCCGAAGCUGGAGUGAAGGACGCGAGUAAAGCAUUGGACAAAUUGAUGCCUGUUAGCGCUACGCUAUACCACGAAAUCUACCAUUUGACCGACCCCGCCAACACAGCGGAUGAGGGUUAUACUUUGGAUACGAUCAUACAAAAUGCGGCCGAUAAAGAAAAUGAAGGUACAAGAGUCGCCAACUCCCACAACCCAGAGACAUAUGCCUUUUUCGCAACAGCGGCAUAUUUGUUUUUCGCCGCACCUCUAAGCAGAGAGCAAUGCGUGUACCUCGAAGGCUUUCCAAGGAAGGCUUCUAAUCCUUUUGUAGAUCCGAAAUAG